AUGAUGGGUCUAUUCAAGCGCAAAGAUUCAAAAAAUUCAAUUCAAAGCGAGAAAGAUGAGAUCGAUUCAUUCAUGGUCAACAGUGCUCGCACAUCAAAUACAUCCCUGAGGUCGCCAGGAUAUAAGGGAAGUGGCCCGCCGGCCUCAAUUCCCGAACUCCCUAUCGCCAGACCACCAGAUCCAGCAUUGGACCCCGCCGCAUACCUACGAAGCAUUCAUGCAGUUCGCGAACGCUCCAAUAUCGUCCUCGAGAAGGCCAAAAGAAACGAACUUAGCCAUUUCGAUGUUGACAUGAGCAAAUUCGAAGCCACCGCCUCCUAUGUCGUAUCCAUUAUUAAGCGAGAUUAUGCGCCAGACUAUGAGAAUAUUCCUCCACAUGGUCGCUGGCAGCAUUUUGACGUGGGCGGCAGACCGCGUAUCAACCAGCUCCUCCAGUCCUGGCCGAGCCGCAUUGAUGCGCAGGAGCGCACUCGUCGUUUGAUUGAUUUGUUUGUCGUCUCUGUCCUGCUCGAUGCUGGUUCCGGGAAUAAGUGGUCAUACCGGUCGAAGGAGUCUGGUAAAGUCUUCUCGCGGAGUGAAGGCUUGGCAGUGGCAAGUUUGGAGAUGUUCAAGUCUGGCCUUUUCAGUAGCGAUCUUACCGAGCCGUGCCAAGUGGAUGGUGCGGGAUUAAAAAAGGUUACGGCUGAGGUGCUCGCCAAAGGGAUGCAACAUACCGAACAAAAUCCACUGGCUGGUAUUGAAGGCCGCGCCGGUUUGUUGAUACGGCUCUCCGAUGCACUUAACAAUCAAGACUUCUUCGGUGUGGAUGCUAGACCGGGAAAUAUGCUAGAUUAUCUUCUCGGCCAUCCAUCAACUCUGGCUUCUUCCGUACCGAUUGUUCCCAUUACCACUUUGUGGUCCGUGCUCAUGGAUGGCUUCUCUCCCAUCUGGCCCCCGUCACGAACACAGAUUGAUGGAGUAUCCAUUGGAGAUGCUUGGAAAUGCUCAAAUAUGCCCCAGUCUCCUCCUGCACAGCAAUGGGAGAGCAUCGUUCCUUUCCACAAGCUGACGCAAUGGCUAUGCUACUCAAUCAUGGUACCAAUGUCGAAAUUGAUGCUCAUCCACUUCGCUGGCAGCGAUCUUCUAACAGGCCUUCCUGAAUAUCGAAAUGGAGGCCUUCUUAUCGACCUGGGACUCUUGAGUCUGAAACCGGCAGAUAUGCAACGUGGAAUCGAUGCAUACAAGGAAAAUGCUCAGAUCAAGGGUCAACCAAGUGUGGAAGUGGCACCGCUCUUCGGCGCCGACGACGAUGUAAUUGUCGAAUGGCGAGCGGCUACUGUCGGAUUCCUCGAUGAUCUCCUUGAGGAGGUCAACUCUCAGUUGGGACUUAAGGGCUCCGAAGACCAACUAUCUCUAGCACAAAUGCUUGAGGCUGGCACUUGGAAGGGUGGUCGCGAGAUUGCGGAAGUUUCCAGACCAAACACCAAGGAACCCCCUAUCAUGAUACGAUCUGACGGCACUGUCUUCUAA